AUGUGUGUUCACAGUCUUCCGUCACAAUACACCAAUCCAUUUGUAACUACUAACGUACGUGCUGGACUGAUUUUAGCAUAUACACUUUCUUCAUUAUAUGCAAUACAAAUACGUAUUUCAUCUAGACGUAUAGAACUGGAUUUCAAUACAGAUGAAUUGAAAAUAGAUCAAACCAGUAAAACAUCAGAAUAUUUGGCUGUCAGAAUUCAUUUUUUAGGAUACCAAUAUGUUAUGAAUGAUGGAGACAUGAAUUUACUUGGUUCUUGA